GUAAACUACCCAAUCAAGGUACAGCUCGUGCGGUUACCAUGGUUAUGUUACGUCGGAGUAUAAAAGCUCGACACAAGGCCGUUGAAUCAGACGCAGUUUGUGAAGAAGAUUCGUUGCGCAUCGUCUUCGCAAUUCUACGGGCGACUUCUGCUAAUUCCCUCAAAUUUGGUGAAUUGGACUGAUUUAACAAAAUGCGUGAGUGUAUUUCUAUCCAUGUUGGACAAGCUGGAGUGCAGAUUGGCAAUGCUUGCUGGGAGCUUUAUUGCCUAGAACAUGGGAUCCAGCCUGAUGGCCAGAUGCCAAGUGACAAGACCAUUGGCGGUGGUGAUGAUUCCUUCAACACCUUUUUCAGUGAAACUGGAGCAGGAAAGCAUGUGCCCAGAGCUGUUUUUGUUGAUUUGGAACCCACUGUAGUAGAUGAGGUCCGCACAGGCACAUACCGUCAGCUCUUCCAUCCUGAGCAACUGAUUACAGGCAAAGAAGAUGCAGCUAACAACUAUGCACGUGGACAUUACACAAUUGGCAAAGAAAUUGUUGACCUUGUGCUGGACAGGAUUCGCAAACUUGCUGAUCAAUGUACUGGUUUGCAAGGCUUCCUCAUCUUCCACAGCUUCGGUGGCGGCACUGGCUCUGGAUUUGCAUCUUUGUUGAUGGAAAGACUGUCAGUGGACUAUGGGAAGAAAUCCAAACUGGAGUUUGCAAUAUACCCAGCUCCUCAGGUGUCCACUGCAGUGGUUGAGCCAUACAACUCUAUCCUGACCACCCAUACCACUCUGGAGCACUCUGACUGUGCAUUCAUGGUUGACAAUGAGGCCAUCUACGAUAUCUGCCGUCGUAAUUUGGAUAUAGAGAGACCAACCUACACCAACUUGAACAGGUUGAUAGGCCAAAUUGUCAGUUCCAUCACUGCCUCUCUUCGCUUUGACGGUGCCUUGAACGUGGACUUGACCGAGUUCCAGACCAACUUGGUGCCCUACCCACGUAUCCACUUCCCCCUGGUAACCUAUGCUCCAGUUAUCUCUGCAGAGAAGGCUUACCAUGAGCAACUGUCCGUUGCUGAGAUUACCAACGCUUGCUUCGAGCCAGCCAACCAGAUGGUGAAGUGUGAUCCCCGUCACGGCAAGUACAUGGCCUGCUGCAUGCUGUACCGCGGCGAUGUUGUGCCCAAAGAUGUCAACGCUGCCAUUGCUACCAUCAAGACCAAGCGUACCAUCCAAUUUGUGGACUGGUGCCCAACUGGCUUCAAGGUCGGCAUCAACUACCAGCCACCCACCGUCGUUCCAGGUGGCGAUCUUGCCAAGGUCCAGCGUGCCGUCUGCAUGCUGAGCAACACCACCGCCAUCGCCGAGGCCUGGGCCCGCUUGGAUCACAAGUUCGACUUGAUGUACGCCAAGCGUGCUUUCGUCCACUGGUACGUCGGAGAGGGAAUGGAAGAAGGCGAGUUCUCAGAGGCCCGUGAAGAUCUGGCUGCCUUGGAGAAGGAUUAUGAGGAGGUCGGUGUGGAUUCAGUGGAAGGCGAGGGAGAAGAGGAGGGUGGUGACGAGUAUUAAGUCGCCCCAUUACUCAACUUUCCAAGAACUAUGCAUGAUUAUGAACUAAGACCUUGAGAACGAUUUAAAAAUCACACUAGCAAUAAAACCAGUUUUUGAAAAUGCAUAAGGAAAGUGAAAGUUGAUCUGCACUUUGAGAAAAAUAAAGCUUUAAAAUUUCA